GUUGGACGUGAGCCCGCGUAAUGUAAACAGUUCAGAUACUACACAAAUGAUAAGUGAGGUUAUAUUCGAAAAUAAGUUUGCUGAACGUUUACUGGCUGUGGAUGGAUUUCACUGUGGUGUGUUGAUAGGUGGAGUAGGUUAUUAUGAUUCUGUAAUAUGUUGCAGUGCCUUGGAUCUCAAGAGUGUUUAUUCUUACCUGUUGAAAUACCGAGUAAUGAAGUUCAAGAGAACCAGAAGAGUUCUGUCUCAUUCAAUAAAGUUGAAGAUAUAAAGGAAAAGUGGGUUGGUUCUCACUGCAGAAAUCUUGCUCGUAUGAUACCUGGAGGUGUUCGCAUAAGUGGGAUCUGUUUAACUCUCCCACAUUCUGAAUUUACUGGUCACAUUGAACACAUUAAGAAAGUAAUGCUCCUUUAACUAAAUGUUAGAUCCUUUCUUACAUGUCACGUGAUGAAACACUCACAAGCAAGUAUAUCAGUCCAGAUAACAGAGAAAAAAUAGUUUUGGUGGUUGACUCUACAACUAAAAAGUUUUUAUGUAAAGCUGUAGCUGCAGAUGGAUCUAAUAGUCACCUUCGAACGUUAGAUGUCAAAAUUCGGCCUGUCUUUGAUCGAUGGGUGGCUUUCAAAACCAACAUAUUAUUGUCUCUAGAAACGCACUUACCGUCUGAUCGGAAGAAGGAGAAAAUUUCACAUCAGCUCCAGGCUGCUGUUGACCCAUAUCUUCAAUCUCUUGUUACUGAAACUCAGCUUUUGAUCAAUGGGGAGUUGCGUCAGCUGGAUGAAAAACUAUUAAAAGACUCAGAUCUCCAUCUGCCCGUCGAUGACGAUUUCCAGACAAAGAAAAAUAAAAGGAAAUCUAAAUCAAAGCGGUAUGAUAUAUCCCUUGGAGAUGUGAACCAUUCUACUAAUUCUGAAACAGAAAGCAAAAAGUAUAUAAUUUCAAAAGACUUAGUCAGUCCAGCAUUUACUCCGCUGGAUAUAGUAAUAUUUGGGCCACAGUUCCCUCAUUGGCAACGUGCCAGUUCAUCAUCGUCUCUUGAAUCUGGUGCUAGUUCAGAUACAAAUAUGAAUAAUGGAAAUGAUACUAGUGGGUCAUCGAGUAGUUUUGUCUCAAUUAAUCGGUUACUAAUAAGUGGUAGAAUUCCUGGAAUAGCAUUUUUACCAGUUAAUUCUAACGUUGGAGAUUUAUUGGAGGCACUACGGAAGGAUCUUAUAAGAAGUGUCUUAGUACGACUACAACUUUUAACGGAAGAACUACACAUUACCAGUGCUGAAUUAGAAGUUCCGCGUAUGAUGUUACCGCAACGCGUCUUAGUUCGGCUUCCACCUUGUCCAACGCUUCCGUUAUCUGAUUAUAAAUUCCUUUCUGAAACUCCGGAAGACGUCGUGAAUCGUUUAGUUUACUUCUGUUCUCCUCUUGGUACUACUGUUUCUAGUGAUUCUGUUAAUCUUGGCAUUUCACACUCAGCAUCGGAUAAUUCUCUUACUGAUGUUGAAUCAACGCCUCAGAUUCCGUCAUCAGAUGAUCGUAUUGAUGCAUCAUGUCUGGAUACUACCCUGGAAAAAACUCCUGAAAUCAAUGCUGAGGACGACUUUUCAGAAUCGGAACUGUUAGAUGAAGUUGUUGAAUCAGUCCCAAACCGUAGCUCACUCCUAAUAUCCAGUCCUAUCAUAGUGAUAACUAGCAUUAUGGCAUUGGUUAUAGCCAUUUUGUUAGCAUAUUAUAUCUUUACACAGUCACACGCUACGAAAGCCUCUUCUGAUCCCUCCACUUCCUCGUCAUCAUUAUCAUCGUUGUCAAAAGAAAUGUGAUGAUUAUGAUGAAGUUGUGUUUAGAGUUCACAAGACUAUCUAUCUAUUCUUUUUGUUUUGUUUGUCUUCUUAUUUUGUAUCACAUCACAUUCUGUCGACAUCAACACUCUGUUUUUAUUUGAUUGAUUCAUGUUCUAACAUUUGUAAAAUCUACACUAUAAAACUGUAGUUUAGUUUAUCCACACACAGAAUGCCUAUUCCCUUGUCAUCAUCAUCAUCAUCACUAUGACUUAUUAUUAUUUUGUUUGUAUUUGCCUGUAUCUUUCCAUUGUAUUUCUUAAUAUACAGAUAUCACUUUAAAAAAAUCCUUUUCUACACACACACACACACGCGUAUAAUUCAUUCAUCAUUUGUUCAAAUUUACUCUGCAAACAAACAAACUGGUAACUGGUUGUUAUUAUUAUUUAAUUUUUUUUAAAUAAUAUUUUCCACUUGACUUUCUUUGUUGACUUAAAAACCCUUUAAGACGAAGGACAGACUGAAAUUAUUAACUGUGUGAAUGAGGCAUACACUUACACACAUUUCAUGUUGGUGCACAUAAAUGAUGUUUUUAAUCCUUGGCCUAUCUUCCUACAUUAUUUAUCAUUUCUCUUGAAGAAUGAUUUCCUGUUAUUAUUAUUAUCAUAAUAAUUAUCAUUAUUUUUUGAAACCUUUCUCUCUCUAUAUACGACUUGUUGUAAUCCCCUUGUUCACAAUUUCUCAUCUUUAAGUUUUUCUCUCUUAAUCUACAGUGUAAUCUAACCCCCCUCCCCUCCCACCUACUGUUAAAUACUAAAAAGAAAUGACUGCACAAUCACAUACUCCAUCUGUGUACAUGUACGUUUAUAUACAGGAAACGUACAAGUGUUGUUGUUUUUUCUUUCUUUUUAAAUAUAUGCCUAUGAUUUUAUGGAUCUGGAUCAAUUCCUUUCUCUCUCUCUUUUUGUCAUCAAAAGAAAGCUAUUUCCAUGCGUGUAAUUGCUUUCUUCUUCUUCUUCUCUUCGUUCAAAGAAAGUCACACUUGCACCACGUUUAUUCUUUGUUUUGUUGUGUUGUGUUUUGGUGAUACUGACUACUAACUAGCUCAACGCCAAUUUUCUAUAUAUAUAUAUAUAUAUAUAU